UAGGGUCGAGAGAACUAAAGGUUUCUUCCCCUACGAAUGGCUCGAUGACCCGUCCAAGCUGGAGCAUACUGAGUUACCUCCUCACGAGGCCUUUUACAGCGCCCUUAAAAAUGAGAAUAUCUCAGAGGAGGCAUAUACCUUUUGCCAGAAAGUGUGGACGGAACUAAACAUGUCCACAUUUAAAGACUUUCUUGUCUGGUAUAAUAACCUGGAUGUGGGUCCCUUCGUCACGGCAGUGGAACGUCUACAAAAGUUUUAUUUCGAUAAAAACAUCGACGUGCUCAAGACGGCCAUGAGCGUGCCAGGUAUAGCCCGACAGCUGCUUUUUAAAUCGGCGACAGAAAAGGGAGCCGAAUUUUCAUUGAUCGAUCGGAAGAACGCCGACCUCCAUGCCACCAUCAAAGAUAACAUCGUCGGAGGUCCUUCCAUCAUUUUCACCCGUCACCACCAGUCAGGAAAGACGAAAAUCAGGGGAGGUAAGACUUGUGAAAAGGUGGUGGGGUACGACGCUAAUGCCUUGUACCUGUGGGCAAUUGGACAGGCUAUGCCAGAAGGCGCGUUCGUGCGUCGUAGAGUCGAAAACGCUUUCAAACCGGAACAUAGGGAUCAGUAUAUGCAGGCGUUUAACUGGUUGAAUUAUUUAAACCAGUACGAAGGACCCAUAUCCUCCACCAAAGGAAUCACGGCAAGAGAUCCGCUUCGGAAAAUACCCCUAGAUGGUUAUGACUCCGAGACCAAGACCAUCUACGAAUUCAGGGGUGUUAUCACCACGGACACCAAUGCGUCGUCACCAAAAUCGUCACCAACGAAAGGUGGCAUCAAAUCAAAGACGCCUGAUGGAGAGGACGGAAAAAAAGGUGGCUCAACUGCGCCGUAUGGCUUCAACGUCGUGGAGAUGUGGGAGUGCGAGUUCCGGGACUAUUGUAAAACCCAUCCCAAAAUCUACUGGAUUCGGGAUCAGGUCGCCCUAUAUUUUGUCAAAAACACCGCGGCAAAGUGA